AUGGCGCCGCUCUCGUCGAUACCCGCGGCGAUCGCCUCCGUUCUGGGGAUCGCGGACGCGUCUUACGUGCGGCUGGCGCGGCCGCCGGGGGGGGAUUUCCCCGGACGGUGCUCGGAGCUCGUGAGCGCAGUGCUCCGCGAGGCGCCGGAUGUUUUCUCGGGGAGGCGCGGAGCUGGCCUGGCUGGACGCGGGGCCAGGGCGGAAAGGAGAAAGAUAAAAGAUGGGCAGCCCAGGAAGCGGAGGCGGUCGGCGGCCUACAGGCAGCCAGUUAAGCCCGCGGGUGUUGGCGCCAAGGCGGCGGCGGCGGCUCUCGGCGGUGCGAUUCGGAAGUUUUUGGAGGAGGGCGGGGGGGAAGGGUCCGAGGCGGGGAGGCGCUUGGGGCGCGGGGGCGCGGGAGCGGGCGCCAGGCCUAGCCAGCUGCUGGAGGAGGUGGUGAGGGCCAAGGCCGCGGGCGCCGUGGCGACGGUCCCGCCGGCGCAGUGGCUUGGGCUGUUUCGGGUGCUGGUGCCGCGCAUGAGGGACGGAAUCGGCGGGUUGUCGGGUGACAGUGACGGCGACAAUUCGGUUGCGUGCGGCGGUGUGGUGGACGCACUGGACGCGGCCACCGUCUGCCUCCACAUCUUGACCUCGCCGGGGAUGGCCCUCGAAGUCCAGCAGGAGGAGGUCAUCGACCUCGCCGUCGAGCUGGCAAAGCACCACCUGCAGAACAGUGUGUACGUGUUCUUCUGCCCGGCCCACAGGGAGAUGCAUUGCGGCAGCCCGGCGCCGGGCCCUUCCGGUCGGGAGCAGGAGCAGAAAUCGGAUUCGAGGAACGGCUCGUCGAAGAAAAGGAAGCAGAGGAGGGGUUCGGAGUGCGGGUCGGAAUGGACGGACGCGGCGGAGGCGUGGAUCAAUGCGACAAAGGCCAGUUCGCCGAGGAACGGGAAACAGAAGGGGCACAAGGCGCCCACCUUUGCCAUGUGCGUCCUCAGCAAGCUGGAAGUCAUGGUGCAGUUGCUUUGUGACUUUCUUGAUGUGGUGCAGAUUGAAGCGAGCGUGCUUUUGUCCUGCAUCCGGGUCAUGCUGCUUUCUCUCAGCAUGAGGAACGUGACACUUCUGCAGGUGAAGAUUGUGCGGCUGGUGGCUGCAGCGUUCAAGCUGUACCCAUCUUUGAGGCAAAACAUUCUUGAGGAAUUUGUUGCUGUCCUAUUGAAAACUGAUUUCAUGGACAAGUCAAUGCCCUGCGAGUUUCUGGCAGACAGCAACGGCUCGAGAUACAUCCGGGUUACCACAGCCCUGCUCAUGGGCAUCACACAAGUGUCCGUUGUGCUACCUUCCAUGGAAGCUGACUCAAAAGAACAGUUCAAUUGCUUUGGGCCAGCAGUUUGGUGGGCUGACUCGUUCUGGAAGAGUGUCUUUGACAGACUGCCCAAUGCAAGGGCACAGAGGCUUGAUGGGGUGACAGAUGUGAAGGGCUUUGUAGAGGCAAUAUUGUCAGAUCUGUUUUUGGUGUGCGACCUCCCCGAAUGGCCAGCUGCCGCUCACUUAUUGCAUCGGUUCAUACUCAUGCUGGGGGGAGACAGUGGCCUCAAACACACUGACAGCACUGUUCGUCAGCUGUGUGUUGAGUUCCUGGGGAUUGUCACUGCCAAGCUGUGCGAAGGCAGCCUGGCUGCCAGGGAGUCCAGAGGCUGGAUUCAACAGGUUGUGAAACUGCAGAGAGAAUGCCUUGGUUCUGCAGGGGACUUGGAUGCAGUGGAUGCUCUGCAGCGUGCUGUGGUCGAACACUUGUGCAUCCAAACCAAGGUGUCAGAGGAAGCUGCACGGUCGGCCAGGCAUUUCCUGGUGUGCAGAAUGUACGCUGAUCACUUGCAGCAGCUGAGGGCGAAUGGGGAAGAAGUGGAAAAAGAAGAAAUGCAGAGGCUGUUGGUGCAGUACCGGGGAUUCUGCGAACUUCCAAGGGUUGUCAACGGAUCAAUGCCCGAUUCCCUGGCAGCUGAGCAGUUGGAUCUGACCCAUGAUCAGGGUUUGCGAGUGACCAGGGCCAUCGUGCACAUGGGAGUUCUUGGCCAGGGAAAAACUGCUCUGCUCAAGUGGUUGUCUGAGUCCUGUGAUCGCUCAAGGCAAGAGUCUAACUACGCCUUGGUCCGUGCAAGGGCAGUGAAGUCACUGGGAAUGGUUGUGGAAGCGGACAUGGGGAUCCUCACCCUCCCUGAAGUCAAGAUGGGAGUGAAUGCAGCACUUCAAGACGACUCCACAAUGGUGCGAGAGGCUGCGGUGGAUCUUCUGGGUCGCUACAUUGGCACGAGCCAAGAUCUUGCCCUUGCAUAUUUUGACUUGCUUUGCUCUGCAUCAAAGGACAGCGGAACAUCAGUGCGGAAGAGGGCCCUCAAGAUACUUUGGGAAUGUUGUGUGCAGCCACAGGGCUUCCCCAGAGCCACAGAGGCUUGUGUGCACAUUCUCCAAAGGGCUGGGGACCCAGAAGAGGCAGUCCAGAGCAUGGUGACCAAGGUGUUUGGAACGCUGUGGUUCGGAAAUGGGUGCUCAGCACGCAGCUCUGCUGGUGUUAGCAGCGAUGUCAGCCUUGAGGCUCGAGCGCAACAGGUGGCGGACGUCUCCCUCGCAGUGUACAACUCGAGCGGCCCCCGAAUUCACCUGCCUCUGACGCAGCAGCACCCUUUGAUCGUCGUUCUAAAUGGCGCCCUUGGCUCGGACGAAGACAGCUUUGAGUGGAACAUGGCCAGCAACAUUGCUAGCGCGCUGCUGGAGGCAACACUGCAGGCUCAAGAUGGAAAUGGCACAGGGCAGUUGGGAGAAUGUACGUUAGCAUACUUGCUGGCACUGCAUGCACUCUGCUGCUCUGCAAGCACAUUGCUCGUCUCUGACAGCGACCCACAGCGUUUUGCCAGGUGCCUGCAGCCAUACUUGCAGGCACUUCCAAAGCAGGCUGGGCCAUCAGGAGAAGAUGGACGGCGCGGUGCAGAGGUCCUUGUAUGCAUCCUGAGCAUCAUAGGAGCAGUUGUGGAGCGUCUGCAGCACAUUGACAGUGAGCUCGUGAAUGAGCUCACGUGUGACCUCAGAACCAUCAUAUUCAAGCACGCUUGGAGCCCUGUUGUAUCUGCUGCAUGCCGCUGCUUUGCGAUUUUGGCCAAGACUGAUGCAAAGGUUGCGGAGGUCAUGCGGCAGGCCACACACCGCCAGCACAGCCUCGUGAGGGAGAUUUUCCAGGCAGUAAAUGGGGGAGAGGCAUCGGGGAAGAAGUAUGAGUACUAUUGCACUGUCCUCCUGAGGCAAUUGUUCAUCCUUGGGCACUUGUGCCGGUAUGGUGCAGGCAGCAUGGACACACACCCAGCAGAAGGGACCGAUCUUCUCAAGGAGUGCCUUGAUACGACCGUGCUCGUGUUUGGUUCGUCCAGGGAACUGGUCGUGAAAGAGUCAGCACUCCGAGCAAUGGGCAUGAUGUUUAUAUGCCGAGCCGAUCUGAUGAUUAGCAACAAAGAUGUUGACAGCUUGACCAGACUCGUAUUGAGCGCAGGAGCUGACGAACUGAAGACGCAGGCGCUUGCAAACCUGUCAGAUCUGCUGAGGGCAGAUGAAGAGCGUCUGAUGGAGGCCCAGAAGCAGAGCAAAGAUGAGCAAGAUGAUGCAGCAGCCAUGGGACAGAUCAGUGCUCGAGCCCAGGCACUGCCAGCGCAAAACGGCCAAGGGGAAGGGGCCGGUGUCACCAGCGGGAUUCUGCAGAGGCUGUGGAAGCCUGUUCUGGAGCUGGCAACAAGCGUCCCAGCACAGAGAUUUUCGCACCGUAAUGGAAACGACGAUCCAGGCAGUGCCAGCUCGUGCACUGUCCGUCGCUCAGCCCUCGACUUGAUGGAAGCGGCUCUGAGGGCAGGACUUGUGGCGCCAUGGACAGCCGUCGCGCACCUCAUAGCAUUGGCAACCGACCCAAACUUGGAGCUAGCCAGCAGAGCUGUCCGCCUGUUGAAGCAGGAGGCCGACAAAUUCGCUCAGCUCUUCGCAUCCGAGACGGCAAGGGGAAUUGUCGAGGCGUACAAGUUCAGCAGGAAACUCCAAGAGCGCUACCCUUGCAUGAACGCCUCAGGGACGAGCGGUAAUCGGCGCGUUGUCCAGGGCCUCGCAGCCCUCUACUCUGAGGUCAUCCGUCCCGGCCGGGACCUCAGGAGGAAGUUCCUUGAAGGGUUGCUCAAGCCCUUUGACGAGGGAUCAGAUCUGGACAGCGGCAAAGUUGGUGGAUGCGACCUUCGCUUGCUGUCUUUCUGCGCAAACGUGGCGUCACAGCUUACGUUCAUCAGGGGCGACGAGCUUUGUUCCCUUGUUCAUGGCGCCAAUGGCAUCAUCUCUAGGCGUGGGGAUGUCGUGCUGUCCACGCUGAGGGCGUCUCUGUUUGGCGACGUCACGGAGUCUGCCAAGCACAGGGGCCUGUCCCUGUCCCAGGGUUCCACAAGAUCUCUGGGCUUGCCAGACAAUCCAUUCGGGAGCAGGAGUGCCUUGGUUCAGGCUGCGUGCAAGGCAUCGGUUGCGCUGUCAAUUCUGCUCCUGCUGAAGCAGUUCAUAAAGUCUGCAUACUCUGUGAGCGAUGAGAGAAUUGCACAGUUCACUCCCAUAGGCGAGCGACGCCGGCAGGAGGAGCGCACGAAUGUCACGAGGAGCAAGAAGGCGCGUCUGAGAUUGGAUGGCGUGGACCUGGAUGCGCAUAUGGAUCCAGACCGCAUGAGGAAGCACUACAGCGCGUUCAAGAGGCUCAUGAAGGAUGACGCAGUGGAUUAUGCCAGCGAGCAUGCAGCCGGCUCUACAAAAGCAGGCCUGGAUGGAGACGCAAUGGAGACUGAAACAGCCGAUGCGAAUGGAUUCAUAGGUGACACCCAGACGCCAGUUGCUGCAAAGGGGUGUGUGAAUGCAGCCAAGACUGCGGAAAGCAGGGCAUUGGCGGGGAAAAAGCGGCCAAGGUUGGUCGUAGAGGAGUGUCGGAAGAGACCAAAAGGUGGGAAAGACAAGAAAGGCGUCGCCAGAAACAUGAACGGAAAAAGAGAGCUCAAUGGUGGUAAUGUAAAGAGGCGGCGAAUAGGAUGA